GUGGGGUGGGGGAUGACAGUCUCAGCCGCACCGUGAAGGGGGCCGUCCCUGUUGGUGGAGAUCAGCCCGAGGAAGGCCCACCUAGUGAUCAUUUGAAGAUAUCUCCCAUUCAGACGAUAGAUAGGAGUCGACGGUGCCACAGGACCAUCAGGGGACAAGUCGAAGGCUGUGUGUAAAUAGUAUUUCGGCCAAGAUGGAUGUGUUUAUGAAAGGUCUGUCUAAAGCGAAGGAGGGCAUGGCAGUGGCUGCAGAGAAGACCAAGGAAGGUGUCGCAGUCGCAGCGGAGAAGACUAAAGAAGGAGUGAUGUUUGUAGGUAACAGGGCCAAAGACAGUGUGGGCUCAGUGGCUGAUAAGACCACUGGGGCUAUGGGCAACAUCGCCGCUGCCACUGGCCUGAUGAAGAAGGAAGAGUUUCCCGCUGACAUGAAUCCUGAGGAGUACGGGCAGGAGGCCAUGGAGGGCCAGGGGGAGUCGAUGCUGGAGCCAGAAGGAGAGACAUAUGAUGAGACCCAGCAGGAGAGCCAGGAUUAUGAGCCAGAAGCAUAGAAUCAUCUGCCCAAGACACCUUCCAACCAGCACAAAAAAUAUUUCUAACAAUAAAACGGACAAAUGCUGAAACUAAUAUAAUUAUACCCCGUUGCAAAAAACGACAAAAAGACAAGCAUUCCCUCUGAAAAAUGUUCUUCCUUCAAGACAAAUCUUUUAUUAUUAUAUAUUGUAAAUGUCUUGUUAUUAAUGUGUACUAAUGUGUUGGGUGUAGGUAUUUAUUGAGAUGUAGGAUCCGUCCCUUCGGUCUCAUUUCCUUGAUUCCCUCCCAAUGAAAUGAGACCAGAGCCAGGACUUGUGACUUUGUACUUGUGUGUAUCUGUAUUUAGAGAUGUGCAAUAGAUGUUCUCCGCCUCUCAAUGAGACUUUGGGGGUGGAAAAAAAAUAAAUAAUUGGUUGCAAGCAGAUAUGAAUACAGUACUAUCCCCUUAAGUGUUGACAAUGCCUGUUUGUGGGACCUUUCUUUUUGCAUUUCUUUGGAGAUUUAUUUCCAGGUUUUUGAAGUUAAGAGUUUUUUACAUUGUAUCUUUAUAGUUGCUUGUGAUCAUUCCAGUAAAUUAUCUGUUAAAGAUGAACAGAGUAUAAAUGUUUUGUGUGCGUGUGUUUGUGUGUACUGAAGAUUUUAAGAAUAUAUUACGUCUUGACAUCACGAUGGUUGUCACAUUAAAAUGUGCUUUAAUUGCAGGACUUGUCAAUAUUAAGGUUUAUGUGUUAAGCCAGACAUACAAUUCCUCUGUAAAUAAAAAGGAAAAAAAUUAAC